AUGGGCCAUAGGCUUUUCAACGCCAACGCCAGUGCCGGCGCCAACGAGGAGAACGACAAAGAUCUGGGCGACAGGGAGCUUUCAGAUGAGUAUUGCACCCAAGGCAACUGCGAACUCUGCGAGCUGGCUGACGAAUCUAUCAUGACGAUCGACUCUGAUCUCUAUAUGACUUUGCACACCGUCAAUCAAAGCAUUGGUCGUCGCGAAAAGGUGCAAAUGGCCAAGGAAGCUCUUGCAGAGAACCAGAGUCGUGUGCAUUUUCUCAAGUACGAGACGGAUUGCCUUGAGGGAGACCAGUCGGAGAUCGCGUGCUGA